UGUUUGAGGUUGCUUUCGCACAGAUUCAUUCAAAUUUAGGUAGCUAAACGGAAAAACACAUAUCGACGGGAAAACAGAAUUCGACAUAACACCGGCUCAGUUGACAGCACACUCUCUGUGGUCCAAACAUCAUGCUUCCUUCGGCGGGGAAACAGUUUCUUGUCCGGAUACAGUUCUUCUGGCGGCCGUUUUUCAAGGGCCGGUACCUGCUGCUCACCAACACCCUGAGUGGAGGAGGCAUGCUGGGACUGGGAGACAUAAUCCAGCAGAGCUGGGAGAUCCACAAGGAGCCUGGCAGAGUCCGAGACUGGAAGAGGACAGGUUGCAUGGCUUUGGUGGGCUGCUCCAUGGGUCCACUGCUGCACUACUGGUACAGCUGGCUGGACAGAGUGUUUGUUGGAAAAGCUAUGAGCACUGUGGGCAAAAAGGUUCUGGUGGACCAGCUGAUCGCCUCACCGGCAAUCGGCAUGUGGUAUUUUUUAGGUAUGGGUUUCACGGAGGGACACACUUUAUCCGAAGGAUUGGUAGAGUUUAAAGAGAAGUUCUGGGAAUAUUAUAAGGCGGACUUGUGUGUUUGGCCUGGCGCUCAGAUGAUCAACUUCUACUUCCUCUCACCCAAAUUCCGCGUUGUGUACAUCAACUUCAUCACGUUAGGGUGGGACGUCUACCUGUCCUCCCUCAAACAUAGAGACAAAAUCCACCCCACUGUGGUAUCAGACAGCAGUGCUGUGGAUGUACAGCAGGAGGCACUCCCACCCUCCAAACCUCUGCAGGAAGAAGCUUAGAGACGCAGUGGAUGUUCAACGGCAAAGUCGGCCAUUGGAGGCAAAAGAAAAAGUUCUUUUCGGCCUUUGGAAAAUAUUGCGAGGCAGUUUUUUACAGGUUGUUGACCAGACAGUCGUUUGCCUCCGACAAACAUCUGUGUCUGAACUCGGAGGAGUUGUGGAUUUUAAAGUUGAGGUGCUGGGACACUUUUUCAUUCUUGUGUGUGGAGUUGUAAUGUGUCUCCGUCCAGAUUGUCUGUUUAUGUCAGAAUGAUGUGCACUCCUGCAGGAGCAUUCAGGGAUGAAAAGCUGUUUCGCUGCCCGCCAUGCUCAUACCUCAGGUGGUAGUAGUUCUAGGCAUGAGAGUAACUGCUGCUGUUAACAUGACAUCCGGCAAGGCACUGAACAGACGGUUUCCAAAACUUCUCAACAAAUAUCAUCUUUGUUGUGUUGUUGCACCAAAAGAUGUGAACUAUCCAAAAUCAGAGAGUUCCUUUAUUUCUGUCCCAUUUUAUGUGUCUGGUUUGACAUAAAAGAGUCAUUAUUGAUGAGAAACAGCUUCAUUAAACAGCUGCUGUUGUUAAUCUAUAUCACUUUAGCCAUGUAAACUUUGCCUUAAUGUGUAACCAGAUGCUGUUUUAAUGCCAGAUAACCUCUUGUCCUCAGAUUAUUCCUUUGAGGUAACUAUUAAAAUAACUGUGUGAUUGUUGUUAUUGUUAAAUAUGCAAGAUAUAGCUAUAUCUUUUUUUUUAUGAUAUCAAAUUUAAUCCUUAACUGAACGUAUAAACUUGAUUCCUGGUACACCGAAGAUGUGAAAUUCAUUUAUUAUCAAACUGCUGUAGUUGUGCUACACUUGUGACUGUAAAUCUGACUUAAGGUACUGUAGCGUACUGUAUGUCUACAGCUAAAUCUACAACUAAUUUAUGAUUGAAUACUUUUAGCAGGUCAGGUGAUCAGUCAGUUUAGUGUGAGUGAGUGAGAAAAUGUUGUUGCUCCUGUGUUCACAUCAUAGCAGAUUCACUACUAAUAUGAUCUGGUUCAAAUGCAUAAUUAGCAGUCCUAAUGUGUGUAAAGUUCUUUUUAAAAAGGCAUUCCACAACUUUCCCAGUCUUUUGUUGCUCCUGUCUCAACUUUUUUGAAACGUGUUGCUGCAUCGGUUUCAGUAAUCAUACAUUCACAGAAAUCAAUGAAGUUGAUGAGGUCAUGCAUUUAAGAUAUUGUCUUUCCAUUGAUUUCAGUUGAGUGUAAGCCAAAAGGGAUUUACAAGUUAUAACACUCUGUUUUAUUGAUCUUUCACACAGAUCUCAGCUUUUUUGUGUGUGUAAUUUAAAAGGGUUAUUUUAUAGUUUUUAUUGAAUUUUAGUAUUGGUGUAAUUUAAGAAAGACGUGACAAAAAGAAAAUGAAAUGACAUGCCGUUUGUCAAAUAAUUAAAUUUAACUGAAUUUUUUUUUCAACCUAUGUGACGACUUUCUUGUAGUACCUUGAAUCUUAUGCAUUUUGCUUGAUGAAAAACAAAGUAGUCUUUCAUUUUUACCCAGAAUACUAAAGUUUGGACAAGCAGAAAAUAUAACAUUGUGUCCCCUUCACAUUACUCAUGUACAUUUCAGAAUCAGGAAAUGCAGUUCCUGGAGGAAAACUCAGCAAGUU